AGGAUGCUGAUGAUGAUGUUGGAGCAACCUCAGCCGCUGCUGCUGCUAGCGGCGGUGCAGUUGUAAGGACUUUACAGUCUUUUCACAUCCACACACCCACUACCAUAGUCUUAUCUCCUCCAUCACCGCCUUCAUAUCCCCAGGCAAAACUAUUUUCCUUUACUUUCAAAGUCAAUCCAAAUCCAAAAACAAAAACAAACAAAAAUCACCAUAUGUGUCUUUCUCUCUCUGAUAUUGUUUUGUACUAAUGAUAAAGAAAGGAAAAUGAGACAAUGAGAGAGGAAGAGAGAGAGAGAAGUAGCGUGGGAAAGUAGUUUGGAGAUAAUAGAACAGGUAUGGCACCAGCAGCUUUGGGGUUUCCUUUUACAACAGCUCAGUUGAAGGAGCUUGAGAGACAAGCCACGAUCUAUAAAUUAAUGAUGGCUUCUCUUCCUGUCCCUCCUCAUCUUCUUCUACCCAUUACUCCUAAUUCCUCCCACUUGGAUUUGCAAUUCUGCAACAACCAUAAUACUAAUAAGGAUGGUGCAGAGCCAGGGAGGUGCAAGAGAACUGAUGGGAAGAAAUGGAGGUGUUCGAGAAAUGUGGUGGCUCCUCAGCAUAAGUACUGCGAGCGACACAUGCACAAAAGCCGCACCUCCCGUUCAAGAAAGCCUGUGGAACUUCACCAGAACCACCACCACACCACCGCCAACGCCAAGACAACUCGUGUUCUUCACCACCAGACUCUUUCACCUCAUGAGGUUCUCGGAUCUACCAUUCAACCUCCAAUUCCUAACAGGGGAUUGGACUGGAUGCUCGCAAUGGAUAGGUCGAAGCAGCAACAAUGGCAGCAGCAAUUGUUACAGCAGACAAAUAUAACCUCUGUUUUCAAUCAAGAUUGCAUCGACGAGUCUCUGAAUCUGAUUCCCUUUGCCGAUGAGUGCAAUUUGUUUCUCAACCCUGAUCUGGAGACUCCUAGGGGUUUCAUUGAUGCUUGGUCAAAUGAAGAUCCCAACAGUGCUAACAACAACAACGAGUCCUCUGUUUCUUUACGUGGGAACCUCUCGCCUUCUUCUCUCACUCUGUCGAUGUCCACGGCGGCGGCGGGCGGCGGCGACGCCCUCACCGGCGAAAUGGGUGGUCAGAUCCAAAUGGGUUUAGGCAUUAGAGAUUCAGAUCACCAUGAAGCCCAAGUUUCAAGUUGGCUGAGUUCUGUUUCUUGGGAGGGUUCCACACCUGGUGGACCGCUAGCCGAGGUCUUGAGACCGAGCAGCGCCGCCGUGAGAACUCCGGCGACUAGGGUCUCAUCUCCAUCGGCGGCGACACCGGAAAUCAUGCCUUUUCAAUGGCUGAGCUGAAUUUAGAGCAAUUAGGAUCUUGUUGAAAGUUGAUUUUGUUUAUGUUGGAUGGUUCUUUAGUUUUUCUCAGGUGAUCACAUUUUGUUUCUUGUUUAUCUUACUCUGAGUCCAAACUAAGCUUUUUACAGUUUCAAUUGUCAAUACAUUAAUACAGACAUUCCUAUGAAAAUGUUUAAUACAGUGUGUUGUUGACCAUGGGUUUAAUUGGGAAGGUCCUGUUUUUUUCAA